AUGCCGUUUCGUCAGAGGAUGGCCCGCCACUUUGGCGAUUCGCUUGCCCCCGAGAAACCCUACCUCAGCUACUAUGAUGUCCUCUUGACAGCUGAGGAUAUCAAGGCGCUCAAGCACGACUGGCUAACAGAUAACAAUAUUGCUUUCUGGGAAGAAUAUCUGGAGCGCGAAACACUUCCCAAAUAUCCUCAAGCUCGUAUCGUUUUGCUCCGUCCUAGCAUGACAUUCUUACUCAUGAAAGAGCCCGACCUCCGAUCAGUUCAGUCCGCCCUUCCCGAUUUCUCCAAGGUCACCCAUAUCUUCCUACCCAUCAACGACAAUCGUAAUGUGAGCGUCGCCGAGGGUGGUAGCCAUUGGUCGCUUCUCCUCGUCUCGACACUCGAUGGUGUCGCCUUCCACUACGACUCCCUUGGUGGUGCCAACUACUCCGAGGCCAACGUCGCAACCCGCAAGCUUGCCAACAUCCUCGGACGGCCUCUUCGAUUUAUUAACCUCGAGGAUUGCCCCCAGCAGGAAAACGGCAGCGACUGCGGUGUCUUUGUCUGCUUGUUGAUGCGCCACCUCCUCGUCAAGCGCCUUCUCUGCGCUAAUGCCCGCGAGAAGGUGUCGAUGAGCAUGGGUGGUAAGAUGGUCGACAGCUAUGGUGGCCGCAAAGAGAUGAUGCGAAUUAUCGAAAACCUCCGCAAGGAGGGCGAGCGUAGGCGAUCAACGGACUGCUACGGCUCUUGCGAAGAAUUCGAGGAACUCAUCAGACAAAUUAUGGAAGCUCAGGCGGCAAAGGCGCGUAACGCCAGACAGCCCCCGAAGUCACCACCUCGGUCACCACGCCGUUCAUCUGCCCGUUCUCAAGAGGCGAAGAAGUCACCAGUCAACCAAAGCGGCAAGGGUUCAAUCGCCAAGGGUCCAGUCACCAAAGGGCCAGUCACUAAACCCAAGGGUUCUCCUACCAGACUUGUCGAUCAACCUCCUUGGAGAGGAAUGAGGAAUCGUGUGCGCACAAACUCGAACCCAGCCCGAUCUUCCAAGGAUUCACCUCCUCUUGGUCCACGAACAAGCCAGUCCGACGGAGUCUCUAAAGAGCCUAGGAUUCAAACUAGUCCUCUCACCCCCGUCAAAGUCCGGGGCAAGCGGUCUUCCAGCACAACAGCUGUUUCACCUAAAAGUGCGAUCAAGAAAAACCAAUGA